CUCCUCAACACCGCAAUCAUGGUCAUCAACCCUACAUACCUUGCCCAGCGCACGCGCUCUUCGGUCAACUGGUCGGAUGCGAAGCGUCGGGUGAUCCACAGCUACCGGGACUGGCUGCGAGCUGCCCCGGAAGUCCAGACCAUGUACUCGCUCAACCUCCCCGUGUCCACCCUUCGGUCAAAAGUGCGACAGGAAUACGAGCGGCAUAGAUACGUGAAUCAACUAAAAACCGUCGAUGUGUUACUUUUCAACAGUCACCAAGAAUUCCAGGAAACACUAAACUACUGGAAACAAGCCACCCACGUACUCAAAUACUUCCGCGCUGAAGAGGACCCCAAGGCCAGACUACCCAGUAACUUCAUCAACGGUUUCCUUGAGGUAUGUCACAUUUGCAGCUAA